AGAAGAACCCCAAACAAUAAACAACAAAAAGCAAGACGAGACCACAAAAUGUCCACCGCAACGCCAGCUCGGCGUUCCGCCGUUCCACCACCUCCGCGUCCGCCUGUGAAAGUCUACCCUGGCGCAGUGUUUCCCGAGAGCAGUAUCUUCAUGAUCGGCUACUAUCCGUUGACAAUUGAGCCACACGCCGUCGUACACCCUCGUGUCAGAUUUACGACACUUCAUGGACCUGUACGAAUUGGACCGGGCGCGAUCAUCUCCGAGAAAAGCAUGAUCGGAGUACAAUAUACAGAGCAGAAACAGCAGAAGCAACAACAGCAACAGCCAGAGCAGAUUCCUCCCGCCACAAGAACAACGGUACCAGGACAAGGCCAAGGCCAGGCGCAAGAACAAGGGGAAAGCUCAGAAGGAGAGAAAUCUCAAGCUCGCAAAGUUGAAAGCGUGACGCUUGAGCGCGGUGUCAUCAUCGAGCCAGGCGCGUACGUCGAGGCAGAACUUGUUCGAGAAGGGACUGUAAUCGAAGCUGGUGCGAAGAUCGGCAGAGGUUGUCAUAUUGGACGGUUUUGCAAGAUAUGCCCGUACAUAACUAUUCCUCCUGGGGAAAACUUGCCAGAUUAUACGGUCGUUUAUGGCAAUGGUGAGGGCGAGCGCCGCAUCGACCAUGCAGGCGCAACGGAGCCAGGUCUUGAUGAGCUCAGGCUGCGCAUGAGUAGCGUUCAUGUUAAUUUAUUGAAGAAGUUGGUCCAAGUUCCACCGAAGAAGGGUUGAUGGAGUAUAUUUGUAUCUGAUAGCCCGGGAGAGCGUGCUCUCAGAAUGGGAGUUAAUGAUGCAGAGCAGAUAUUAAUGAACAUUAUGCGGUGUUACGAGGAGUUGUUAUUAUGGAAUCGAGUUCUUUGGCAUUGACAAUGGAUGGAUAGGCAUUUUGCAAGGCGCAGGAAGGAUUGGGAAAGGGGGCAAAGGCAAUACGGUCUGCUUAUUAGAAGAAUAUUCUUUGGAGAUUUACUUCAUACCCUCUGUUUAGUACAUAGAGAUUGCAAUGGUUUUUAGUUGAAUGUACAUCCAACAGGGUCGUAGCUAGGUACGAUGAUCAAAGGAAGGGAUUGGGAUUUGGAC